ACAAAACGUACUUAUUUUUUUCUUAUUAUUUUCACACGUGAAAAUAUAUCGACGUAAAAUUUUUUCCUCGUGUAAUUUCGUUAAAUAAAAGAACGAAACUUCAAGCUGCAUUUAUUAAACAACAUUUAGUCUGAUAAUCAUUUGAAAUUGAUCAAUUUUAUUUUAUUUAUUUUUAACGAUAAGUUUCAAUCAGUUUCGACAAGAAAAGAAUUCUGUUUAUUAAAGAUUAAAAAUAACUUUGUAGCAAAAGUUUACACAUAUGUAUCACUUUGAUGAACUUUGACAUCGAUUGAUUUAUAACCACAGUUGCCUAAUGCAAACGUAAGUUUAGCGAUCGUUCAAAGCGAUAGAAAUAUUAUUGGCCUCGAAUCGACUUCCCGCUAACGAUGGCAAAAGUGCACAAGGAUUGCUCGUGAGGGAAGAAACUUUAUAUCCGAAAUAUACGUCCUCGGCAGAAGUUUUGGCCUGGACAAAAAGACACUCCUCAAAUUCAAUUUCUCGAGACUAGAUGGGCCGAGUUUGUGGAGAAGGAUUCCAUCGAAAAAUGUGGAACAGCCGUCAUUAAAAAGAUUAACGAAUUCGUUUCGAUAAGCCUUAAGGUCGAGGAUCGAUCGCCGUGACAUUGCAAGAUCGACAACCGAUUCCACCGAUUUUCACAAACUGAUGCCACGAACUGGCCUCCCUCGCUGGCCACCUUGAAGUAUUCAUAGUUUCUGUCGUACAGCCAACAUGUUAGUAUGUACGAUAACUUUAGUCUCGUGACGAAUUCUAAGAAUAAUAUUUCGUCGAUGUAUCGUCGAUUGUAUGACAAUAUCCGGUUACUCAUUUUUCUUGAGGAAAGUUGGCUUCUUUCGUUUUUUAUUUCGGUAUUUUACGUAUUUUUUAAAUUAGAAUAUUCUCGUUUGGAGAAUAGUUGGUGAUCAUAUAGUUGAUUAUUCCGUUGAAAAUAAUUUAAAUUUAACCAAUCACUCGUUUUCUCGAAGAAAGUUAUUUUUAUAUCUUUUGCUAUAUCUUUUUUUUUUUUUGGUAUAAUUUGAUAAAGUAAUUAAUGAUUUGCGUAGAUUAUUAUUUCGUCAGAAAGCGAAAUGAACGAUCGCACGAGAGUGAAAUACGAAAUGGAAAACUACAAGAAACGCUAAAGCGCGUCCAUCAUUGUUAAUUACAAAUAAAAGCGUUGCUCGUUAGAAGCUCGCAAUGGAAUAAGCCAGUAGUCGGACUAGUAGCGUGAAUCGGCAUUUCUCCGACGAGAAAGAUGAUACUCUGGCGUCUGUGAAUGGAACUAAUCGGACAGUAACAAUUAUGAAAUUUCUCAUUUUUCAGUUGAAUAUUCCCUUCUUUUUUACAUUCAUAUGGAAAGUGUAUCGUUCAUUUACAUAAGAAGAGAAAAGAUUCUUUUCAAACCAUAUUGUCUGCACUUUUGGCAAAAAACUUUAAAACACAAAGUGUUUCGUAACUAAUAACAAAUAUUUAAAUAAAUGAUAAGAAAAUGAAUUAUUGGUAGAAAAAAAAUUAAAAAAAUCGUUUUUUUUCAAACCAAUAAUUUAUUAAUUACGUCAUUAUCGUAGAAUACGUUUUGUUUGAUCUUUACGAGAUGCAAUUAGAUUUACGUUCUCUCUCUAUAUAUAUAUCUUUUAUAAAAAUAAUUUAAUAAUUUUUUUCCUUGAAGAAUCGUAAAGAAACGAUCUAUAUCAUUGUUGGCUUUUGUGCUUUCCGAUCCGUGAAUCAAGAUUCGAAGAUGGAUAAGAGAAACGGUGCCAAAAGUGCGAUGAACGCGAUUUUUGGCGCGAUCGACGACGAAAUUCCAUUCUUUUAUUCCCAGCUGGAUUACACACGAUGUUCUGAAUUAUGGCGAUGUUCCAUCGUCGUAAAUCUCGACAAAGGGAAUGAAUUUCGAUUAUUUGUAUGCCAGUAGAUCCGUGAAAUUUCCACGUUAACGAAGAUAAAUUCAUAGUAGAAUUGUCAUUGGAAAUACGAGGGUUCGUUGCUUAAUGUUUUGCAAACCGAUAGAAUUUUAAACAGUUGCCAAUAUUUCUUCUUGUUACGUCUGUGUUUCGCCUUUCGAAUAAUUGGAUUUAUGCGAAACACUUGUUGAUCCACUUCUGUUCUACAAACACGAUGGUAACGUAAUUUUGAUAGCAUUAAACAUGGGAUUAAUUGGAUAACGUAGUAAUAUAAAUAAAUUAAUUAUAACGUAAAUAAUAUCUGUAAUAACGUUACUAAUCUCUAGGAUUUUGAAGUGUAUUUUGAUUAAAUGCUUCAAAUUGUGUGUCAAGAAUAUAUUACUUGCUCGAAAAUUCACUUGGAUAUAUUAAAAAUUUUCCUCUUUGUAGAAUUGAACAAGCAAUUAUUUCAAAAUUUAUUGUUUCUCAACCUAGUAUCGUUUAUUUUCUAAUUUUCCCUUUUUCUCAAUCACGUGAAAUUUCAUAAAUGAUCGCGAUUAGUAUAUUAGGAGGAAUUGCAACUGUUAUAAACUUUGCUCGUUCUAUCAAAAGAAAUUAUUACCAUUUCGCGUGAUUAUUUUAAUCCUUGGUACCGGUUUAAAAUAAGGGAAACCUUCGAUAAAAAUCCUUCAACUUUUUCCUCGGCAACGAUAAAUACGCUCUAAUAAUAUUCACGAGACGAGCUUAGUUAAUUUCUUGCAAUGGCACAGAUCCAGAAAAAAAUUGUUUUCGACCAGCCAAACUUUCGAUGUACUUUUUUGCGCGUUGGUAACGCUAAAUAAAAUUAGAAAAACGUUAUGUAAUAUUUUUUAACUUUGAAUAUUCUUAUCAAUUUUUACUCAAGAUUCGUCCGCGAUAGAAUUAUACAUUUUUAACAAGAAACCUGCGAAGAACCUCGAUUAUUCGCUAUUCUGCAUACAUAUAUGCGCAGCGACAUUUCGAAGAGAACCAGUGCCAACCAGUUGUUCGAAAGUAGUUCGAACUCGUGAAAAUAUCUUUAUGUCUUCUUCUUGCGUUUACCCGUCUGUCCAUUAUAAAAUUCGCACCACUGACCGUCAAAACAAUCUACUAAAUAACAUAUGCCGAUAAACACUGAUCACUGCUAUAUUUUCUCACGCUUGUGAUUCGAUGCCAAUUGAUAAUCAGGAAAAAACAUAUUUCAUCACGGGACAUUGAUCGUUUCCUGUUUCACCUCACCAGAAUAUCAUAAUAAUUUCCAUCCAUCCGAAAAAUCCUUUUCGCUUCAUAAACCGAGAUAAACGAUCUCGAGAAGAAUUCCACGACAAAACUUACUUCAGCCACUUUUGUUUUCCGUUUCAUGGCUUCGUAUGAUUAAUCACCGUUGGCACACGAUUCCAAUAAAUUUCACGAUCGUAAAACCGAUCGUUCGCACUUCGCCGCAACUAUUAAAGGCCAAUCUAAAACGCACACGUGCCCUGGUGGCCAUCGGCGCGAAAGUGGCGCGAAAGAAGCACAGCCAGUGUUAGAGGAGCGGUCGGUGGUGCGGGCAGACGUGAUCGGGUUUCUGGUCAGCGUCGCGACGCCUCGUGCACUCGGUCAGUGCUGGGCUGUCGGUCGCGUGGCGAACCUACCCUCGUCUAACCUCGAGGACACGUGGUUUCCGCUUCUGAUUAGGAUCGAUCCAUCCUGCGACCACGUGCGUAACGCAGAGAAGGAGGAGGAGGAGAAAGAAUCAGGAGUGCGACCAGGAAAUAAGCAACGGAGAUAACGGAGCGCGCUCGCCGACAAAGGCCUUGACGUUGCGCCAACCACCACCCCCUACAUACGUCGCCCCGUGAAUAUUUCAAUAGCGCAUCGAUCUAGCGAGGAACACACGUGUGUAUCCGAAGCGAAUUCGCUUCUUCGAUCAUCACUCGGUGUUUGUUGGUUCGAAGCAACUCGGUUUAACCGCGUCCCUUUUCAACCACGCAACGGGCUAAUCACCACCAGGUACUACCUUUGCCAGGACACGUUCACCAACACGUCGGUGAUUACCUCGCGAGACCAUCGAUCCAUCCGCUCUCUUUCUGUGCUGUCUCUAAUAUAUUCUACACAUGCAUCGUGUGUGUUUCUUGUUGUCAAUAUUUGUGAAUUGUGGGAUUAUAUAUACGGAAUUUGAUACGUGGACAUAGUUGAUGGUGCAUACCUCGUACUCUCGUAUUGCUCUCUCUUUUUCUCUCUCUCUCUCUGUUUACCGCUCCCCUGUAGAUUGUGGCAGAGUACCUUUGGCCAAUCGACCCUUCCUCUUUGUAAUUUCCAUUCUUGAAACACUCGUCCAGGAAUACACGUUGAUCGUUUUAACUAUCGUUCGAUUGAGUUAUUUGUUUUUGGUGGUAACAAAAUGUCGGUGUCCUAUGUAGAGUGUGAAUGUUUGAAAGUAAAAUUCUUGGGAGCUGUUUCUUUUUUUUUUUUCUUUUUAACGGAUACCGCGUUGAGGACGAAAGUUUCCAGUACUUAAUGGAGUAUCCAUCCAAGAAAAAUCCACUCUCGAGAGUUUCACUUUGAAAUUCGCCCCCCCUUACCCUUGUAAUUUCUCACGCUUCGCUAUGUAUUUUUGAAUAGACGUAGAACCAACCAGUUUUAACUAAUCUCGAUCCUUAACGUUAUCGUUCUUCCGCAGUUGAUAACCGUUAAUUGUUCGCUUGCUGUUCGCUUUCCAUGUUGAGAGUCUCCGAUUUGCGCCCAAGGUUCGGUGCUUUUCCUCGACAGACGAACGAAAGUAACCAAAGGUAGCUCUUUAUCCCCUAAUCACGAUCGAAGAACGUCGCGUUUUUCUCUCUCUCUCUCUCUCUGAGAAAGCGAAGCGUUAAAUAACUCGAAUAACUCCAAGUCACGAUCCUCCUUUUAACUUUCGAUUCCUCUGUAUGAAGAAGAUACGGUUCACUUUGCCUCGUGAAUCACGAGCCGAUUAUCACCGUGCAACUUCAGUUUUAGGGACCUACACAGAGAAUUAUCGCUUAAAGUUUCAGGAAGAUGUAUUACGCCCUGUUCCAUUUGAAUGGAACUUGCUCCUGUCUUCCUCGAUCGUUAAAUAAAACGGAGAUCAAGCGUAGACGUUGCAUUCAAACGUUUCUUCUUUCGAGGAAGUCGAAACGUGGCUACGCUUUCGCCCGAUGGAGCGCAAGGAAUUCACGAAGAAAGAGACGCUAGUGUCUUGUUCGGGUGAGGGAAGAUCGCCAGGGAAAUGGUAACUUUUCUUCUCUUGGAAAAUCGCGGACGAAGAUCUAAGGCUCUUUAGGGAAAUUUUCUAUUUUUUUUUUUGAAAAUAAUAUACGUGGAAAUAGUUCUUACUUUUCCAAGAUCAAUUGUAAAAUCGAUCGAUCAAUUUUAUUUUUAUUCUAUCGAUCGAUAUCGAAAAUUCUCAACAUCGUUCAACUUCUAAUUUAUCUUCCAAUAGAAUAGUGUCGAGAUCAUUGAAGGAUAUUUUUGAAUGAAAAUUUUCAAAGAUUCACGUUGAAUUAUUGAAAUUUCCUCGCGUGUGCCGAGCAUUGAUGCUUCGAUAAUUACAAUAAACCAACGAGAUUAAAAAAACUUUCGAUUCCAAAUUCGAUCCACUGAUAUUAUUACCCCGAACCACCUUUCCUAACCGACAUUUCUCGGACGUUGGAGGCAGGCUGACUGCAGUCGAUGUUCCAGGUCGAGUCUCAGGUAUCGAGCCCUCGAAAGGCUCUGCGCCGUAAACGCUGUCGUGACAAGACAGUCCUUGCGGCUGCGGCAGAUCAAUCGAGAGGCUCGACUAUUAAAGUCGGUGUCGCUGUGUCGGGCAAACAGUCCUCCCCUGUGUGUGGAGGGCACGUUUCGCGUCGGCUCUGGCCUGUCGCUGCUCAUGGCAUCCUGGCUCGCUUCCUCCGGACGCCUCCCGGUAUCGGAAAAUCCGCGUGACAGACCGAAAUCAUCGUUUCGACGCGCAACAGUUACUCGUUGCAUUAGUAAUUGGAGUAUAAAUAACAUUCGAGACUGGAGUUUCGAAUUUAAAUCAAGGAAAAUCUUGAACAAUUCAGUGCUGCUGUUGUUUCUUUCGUAUGUAUGAAGAGGGAACGCGACGAAGAAGGAUCGAGGGUUCGCCGUUUCUUCGUUUCCUCGACUUCGAAUGCCUUCGAGAGAAUUUCACAAGGGUUGUUUCUCUAACGAUACGUUAAAGAUAAAGAUUUAAAUUGGAAUUUUUAACGCGGGUUUCUAUCUAGUUUCCACGCGAACGCGUGUUGUGGGAAGAAGAAAAUUUCAAGAGAAAGUUUCGAUUCGACGAUAGGAUUGUUCUUUACUAUUAAAUCGUAUAAUACGAUCCAUCAUUUCUCGAGGUGUAAUUAUAAUUCUUAGACCUUGAGGUUUCUGGCGAGCUAAAACGAGCAUAGAUCGUCUUCAGGCUGGCUCCGACCAACAUCGUAAAUCGUUAAUGUUUCUCCGAUGAUCUCAUUCCGCAUCUUUUUUCGCGUAUAAACGGAUACUUGGACGACAUAGAGAGAAACGUAAGAUUCACGUGGAAGCACGAUGGUAACUCGCCAAGACGGAGAUCGAGAAACUCUAGUUAUCCCGGAGCGGGCCAAGCGACGGUAGGGCUUGGGAUUGAUCAAACUGUUGUGUUUCUUCCAACGUAAUAAAACUCGGAACGAAAUUGUCGCAUCGAAGGGAAAUAUCGGUUACUUUAAUGGUUUGACCAAUUUGAGAAGGAGAAAUAGAAUUCCAAGAUCCUUAACAAAAGUCGGAUGCACCAGGUUCGAGUUCCGUUCCUCGAAAAUUCCUUCCUUUCCCGACGAAUAUUAUCCCUUGGGGAGACAAAGUGACGAGGCUGAUAUUCCAAUCACGAGUGUAAUCUACGAGAGCGACCGAUAAUAAAUUAUCUACGAAAAAAAAGAAUCGCGAUAUGGGAUUGCAAAAAAGAAGAGACGAGCGUAGGGAAGCUGCCUAGGGACGCUUUCGUGAUCGUCGAGCACCGUCACCACCACCACCGGCGCUGCUUCUUCCACUCGUUGUAAAAAAAAAAAACUUGACAACCGAAAAGACCACUCUCGGGCUUGAAACCAUCAUUGAAGCGAAUCAUCACCUUACACCUAAAAAAAAAAAAAAGUAACAGAAAGAAAAAACUCGAUUUAAAGAGAAACUGAAAACGUGUUGAUCGAUUAACACGAAAAGAAAAUGGAAAAUCGGUCGAAAAGAUAAUCCAAGCAACAACCGCGUCCUCCUAUACGAUUCUCUUGUCCGUCACACACUGCCCCCCUCUCUCUCUCUCUCUCUCUCUGUCUCACGCUCAGUCAAUCAUGAAUCUUAUGUUCCGCAAGAACUUCGGCGAGAAGGGAUUCGGUGGUGGUGGAGGAGGAGGAGGAGGCGGACUGGAGGGCCGCUCGGUCCUCGGCACCGUUUACGGGCCGGCCACCUUGGGGUACACGGGGACUCGGUUCGGCGUGGUGCGCGGCGCCGGCCAGUCGGCGGUCGGGGCGCGCGCACCGAUACGACGCAGCAGGGAGUUCGGCUACUUCCCCUCGAUGGCCGAUCACGAGCACCAGGGGUUCGGAUACCGGACUCACCUGUUUCUCACCCCGCCGACAGGCGGUGCCCUCGGCUCGCCGCCGGAGGAGCCGACCGAGAGGCUGGGCCCUCCGCCCAGGAAGAAUUCCGGUCCCCACGUGAUAAAGUGGGGUGGCGGCGGAGGGGGUGGAGGAGGACAGGGAUCGGGGCAGGGAUCGGGAGGCGGAGGACAGGCGAGGAGGAAACAGGCUUCGCAGCAGAAAGAACCCUCGGAACCCUCGACCCCGACUGCUUCGAGACAGGUUUCCUUCAGCGGUAACCGAGCGUCUGGCGCAUACACGCCCCUGGUGGUUUCCGGAAACAGCCCUCCGCGUGGCGAACCAAUCUCCCUGGCUACCUUGGACCGCGACUGUUUCAUCAUUCCCCUCGCAUCUCUCGAACGUUUUUUACCUGCGGGAGUACCGCUUUAUUCCGACUCGUUCCAGCAUGCCCCAAUCGCGGAUAAAAAGAGACCAGGAAGUCCUCUGUCGGUUCUCGAAGUCGAAGAUCCGAAGCAAUGUGUUCUCGCUCACUUUAUGACACCCCUGGAACCACUGGAUCCCUUGGUCGAGUCUCCUGUUUCCAGACCGUUGGUCUUACAACGGGAUACCGCGGCCGAAUUGGUCGCUGAGAUCGCACCCUCAGCUUCUCAGAGUAUUCUUCUUACGAAUAUGGAGAAAAAUGCGGAUUUCCCAUUCAUCACAUAUUAUUUGAUAAACAAACAAAACACAGAUCCCGUUGAUUUCUAUAACGAGGUUCAAUGCGCUGCCUUGAGAAAGUUCGAUCCUCGGGAUCUUCGAUAUGCGGCCAAUCACACAUUGGAUCUAUUCAACGAAGUGGCCACCAUAGCAAGGCCACCGCUAGAACCACCUGGUGUCAGACCACCGAUUCCGUCCACAGGCUAUAUUGUCUCGAUUUUUAAAGUAUUUGAGGGUGACGACGGCCUUAAGUUCGAGCAAAAUUGGCUCUAUUGGACCGGUGCCCGUAUGAUGUACCGAUAUUUGCCGAAAUCGGUGGGCCUGAGGCGAAUCACAUUGCACAAGUCCAUGUCACAAGGCGACAAAAUGUAUCUACUGAUCUGCGAAUGUUCGCAAUUGCAAGACAAUCUCUCCGCGGCAGCGAUAUUGUUGCCCGCGUUACGUGCCCGUUUAUGCGGUUACACCGGUCUCUAUAGACCUUCCGUGUGCUUCUGAUUUCUCAGGAAACGCUGACCACGCGCCAACGAUGUCACAAUAGUCCAACAAAACAGAGCCACUUUGUGAAAUUUCCAUUUCGAAUAACAAAUCAUUUGAAAUAUGGCUGGCCUUUGUUGAUAAGUUGUAUCUACUAUGACUAGAUACAAUGAAUAUCAUAAAUUUUUGGUAUUGCGUGGUUUGGCGUGAUUGUAAAUUCAUCAAUUGCAAUAUUCCAAUCUCGAAUAUAGCAAGAGAAUCGCUUUAAUCAAUAAAAAAAUAUGAAAAUAUAAUGGUUAGUAAAGAUAAUCUCUGUGUAAUUGAGAGUUUUCCGGGGCUCGUUUCGUUUGAGCCGCGAUAAUAGUCUGCAAUAUUAGCAUUCUCUCUUUGUAUGAUACUUUGAUCAUUUUACAAAUUCUCCCAGUUUUAUAAACUUACUUUCUUAUAUCGCACUAUAUACUAUCGCGGUAAUGGAUUUCAUGUGAUUAAGCACUACUCGUCACUUUAUUAAGCCGUACUGCCGACGUUAUUAUAAAUCUCAUAAUUUCAUGAAACGAGCCCUUCUCCUUUACCAGAAUUCAACGGCCAGCCAAUAAGAGAGGUCAAAGAUUUACUUAUCUCGUGAUUUCUAGUCACAAUGGAAUGUAAAAAAUAUUAAGGGAGGCACGUUCGUAUACGCUUUAGAGAAAUUUCAAUGAUAAAUCUACGCUUCGGGCUGCAUACCCGUUUAGCUAUGCCUCUGGCCAGUUUGUAUUUUUUGACUUUACAUAUUUCAUCCAACAUUUUAUGCGAGCGUAUGUGUCGCUCGCAUAACCGAGUGCAAUUUGCAUGUACAUAAUAUAGAGAUUUGCAAGACACUUUUAUUACUACAUCGAAGACUAUCGAUUAAAUCGCUAAAUUACAUAUCAUAUACUCGAAAAAACUGUGAUAUUCCAACUAUUACCGCAUAUAUCACAACGAAUGUAACAAGAAUGUCGUGAAUACUUCUUAAUCAAAAAAAAAAAAAAAAAAAGUACUCUUUGAGAAUGCUACAUUCUUUUUCAAGAUCAGUUAGAAAAGAAAAAUUUCAACUUGAUAGAGCCUUUUCAAAUCGAGAAUACUUUAUAAAUAUAAUCUCCUAAUCUUUUACUAAUUGCAUUCGUAUAUUUGAUAUUACAUAUCUUUGUCUAAAUUAUCGAUAUUCGCGGAUUUUGAUUGCAAAUGACAGGAUUCAUGAAUGAAUUAUGAUUUCGAAUCUAGAAUAUUGAAAUCAAUUAAUAUAAUCGUUUAAUUUUUAAAUUUAUACUUUGUUUGACAUUAACGAUAGGAGAAUAGAUCUUUUUUUGUCAGGAAAAAUAAAUAAAUCGAUUGAAAGACGCGGGAAAAGCUUUUACCAGAUCUUUCUUAGGUGCCCAUAGAAUUUUUAGAAAGAGGACGAGUAGCGUAAUUCGAUAUUGUAGUACAAAAGAUGAGAAAAUAAAAAUAAAAACGUAUAGUCAAUAUACGCUUGUUGCAUACUGACAAUAGCUAGAAUGAUUGCGCAGGCGCGAUCAGUUAACGUAGAUUUCUAAGAAUCCACGACGUAUGACUUAUUAAAAUACGUCCUUUCGUACUCGCUGAAACAAAAAUGUGGAACAAGAUGCCCUUUAAAUAUAAGAUGAACGAAUAAACGAGAAAUAAACUCGCGAUUUUACUGUGAUCCCCACGUGUAUCUCGAUUGAAACGAUACACUCAUAAAAAUACGUAUGCGACUGAACGCGGCACAAGAGAUCGCGUGACUGCGUGAUUUGAUUAUGUUAGGUGUGAUUGAUUGGUUUUGUCCUAUUAAGGAGAAACACCAUUAAAAAACGAUUCUUUGUCUGCACAAGUUUGUUUAUGAAAAUACAUUUGCUCCACGUGGGAGUAACGCCUCUUCAGGGUAACAUUGCGAUCGUACCAGGAAAUAAAAUUUUAUCUGCGAAUUCGAUCGCGAGAUCCUGACAGAUUUCGUCGAACAAAAUGAGAUUGUACGAUACAUUGAUAUUUCGCAAUUACGAUAGGAUUUAUUAUAUCAUGUACAACGAAUAAUAACAGAAUAUUAAUAAAUCACUUCUAAUAUUA